AUGAGGAUGGAUAAUGAGAGCACAGUGUCUGAGUUCAUCCUCCUGGGGCUCCCCAUUCGAGCAGAGGACCAAGCUGUGUACUCUGCCAUGUUCCUGGCCAUGUACCUGACAACUGUGCUGGGGAACCUGCUCAUCAUCCUGCUCAUCAGGCUGGACUCUCACCUCCACACCCCCAUGUACUUCUUCCUCAGUCACUUGGCUUUCACAGACAUCUCAUUCUCAUCAGUCACAGUUCCAAAGAUGCUUAUGAAUAUGCUGACACACAGUCAGUCCAUCUCAUAUACCGGGUGUGUUUCCCAAGUGUAUUUUUUCAUAGUUUUUGCUAGUAUUGAUAGCUUUCUUCUGACCUCCAUGGCAUACGACAGGUAUGUGGCCAUCUGCUAUCCUCUGCACUAUACCCUCAUCAUGAAUAUGACUCUCUGUGUUCUUCUAGUAGUAAUUUCCUGGACCUUAUCUUCAGCCAAUGCCCUUGUGCAAACCCUCCUUUUGGCUCACCUAUCUCACUUUAGAAACAAUACCAUCCCCCACUAUUUCUGUGACCUCUCUACUUUGCUGAAACUGUCUAGCUCAGACACCACCAUCAAUGAUCUCAUCAUCCUUAUUUUAGGUAAUGCAGUUAUUACCCUGCCAUUCAUAUGCAUUCUGGUCUCUUAUGGUUACAUUGGAGUCACCAUUCUGAAAACUCCCUCCAUCAAGGGAAUCUGCAAAGCCUUGUCCACUUGUGGUUCUCACCUCUGUGUGGUUUCCUUGUACUAUGGAGCCAUCAUUGGACUAUAUUUUGUCCCCUCAUCUAAGAAUGCUAAUGAGAAAAAUGUCAUUGUGGCUAUAAUGUACACUGUGGUCACACCUAUGUUUAAUCCAUUUAUCUAUAGUCUGAGGAAUCGGGAUAUGAAAGGAGCGCUGAGAAAUAUCCUCAGCCGAAUAAAAUGA